AACCCAGAGAAAGAGAAAGGGAAAAAAGCCCAACAUAGAGAAAGAGAAAGAGAAAAGGCAUUUAACUAACCCUAAUUCGCAGAAAGAAGACACUAAACCCCACACACCGUGCCUCCGCCUUAGCUCUCUGAUCUCAUAGACGCAAUGGUGAACGUUCCGAAGACAAAGAAGACAUACUGCAAGAGCAAGGAGUGCAGGAAGCACACGCUCCACAAGGUCACCCAAUACAAGAAGGGUAAGGACAGCAUCGCCGCUCAGGGAAAACGCCGUUAUGACCGCAAACAGUCCGGUUACGGUGGACAGACUAAGCCCGUUUUCCACAAAAAGGCGAAAACCACCAAGAAAAUCGUGUUGAGGCUGCAGUGCCAGGGUUGCAAGCACGUUUCCCAGCAUCCAAUCAAGAGGUGCAAGCACUUUGAGAUCGGUGGUGACAAGAAGGGAAAAGGAACCUCUCUCUUCUAGAUGGAAUAGUAGAAUUCUCUAUUUCAAACUUUCUCUCCCUCUCUCUCUAUUCUCUUUUCUUAUUUUGUUUGCCUUGCUUGGCUUUUGAUUUUGCUCAAGUGUUUGCGUUUGAGGAUAUUAGAGUUUACAGUUUCAAUUUGUUUCAGAACUCUUAAUCUGUUAUAGUGUCAAUGACUAAUUUAUUUCUUCCUUGAA